AAUUUUUUGUAUAUGCUAUGAUAUAUAAUAUUUUGUUCAAAUUAGUCAUGUUUACUUUAAUUUAUACAUUUAUGUGUAUAGCGUUUUAUAUAAAAAUGGACAAAAAGAGUGUUAUGUCAUCAAUUCUCUUCGUAUUGUCAAAUUCUCUUGCAAUAUCUUCAAUAGCAACACCAUCUUGGAUCGUGACAAAUUUUGUUGGUAUUACAAGGUUGGGUUUGACAAAAAUUUGCGUCACCCUCAAAGAUCAGGAUCCUAAAAGUGAGAGCUGUGAACCGCUUGAGCUAAGUUCUCACUGGGCUACUGCACUGGUGUUUAUUGUGAUAGGUAUCUGCUUGAUAUUUCUGACAGUCUUGUUAACUUUAUUAUCAAUUUGGAGAAGUAGUAUCGAGAAGAUGGUGCGGAUCAUGUCGUUUUUCUCCAUGUGUUUCUUUUGCAUGGCGGCGAUCAUCUUUCCAUUUGGGUUUGACGCAAAGGAAAUUGGUGGCGUGGCGUACAAGCUACCAGCCUCGACAGAUGUUGGUUAUUCAUAUUUUUUGUUUAUCACCAGCAUUUUUUUUCUCACUGCUGGUAAUAUUUUGUGUAACUUCGAUGUGAUACGAAGUAAUUUUCAUAGGUGAUCCCCAAGCCGGUAUCGGGUGAAGAUUGCGCUGUAUAUACGUACAAUUUUUAGGAGUAAACAUAUAUUUUUAAGAUUUUAUUAACGUAAUAUACGAUUAUGUAAGGGCUAAACAAAAAACGAGAAAAUUUUUCUUUUGGGGAAUGCCCAACAUUUUUAGUAGACGAUGUGCGUUACCCACGACAACAAGUAUAUGGUAAUUCCCUUAGAUAGAUGUAUAUACCUGGCUAGCUACCUCGUCCGUAAUAGUAUCUAAUUUCAAAAAUUACCGAAGAUUUCAUCUUGUUUAUUGUUUAUCUUCAAUUGUUCAGCAAGAUGAUUUUUGAAGCAUUAAUAAAGUAUAAACUGUUGCAAGAUGCGUUCUACGUUCGCUUCAUGCAGAAUUUUGAUAUCAGUAAAACAAGAAAGGGACAGGUAUGUACCUAUAGCAUACAAACUACUGACAUAGGCGUGAUGAGACCUCCAUUCUUGCAUAUUACCGUUAAAGUGUUUCUUUUCUCAUAAAAUAUCGUCUGUUUUGUUCCUAAAAAUUAUUUCUACUGUUGUGUAUAUUACGUUUUUAUAACAUAUACGUGUUUUUUUUAAAGGUUACCUCCUGCGAAAAAUAAAGUUAAUUGCUUGAAAGGUUGUCUAGGAAUUUGAAUAUUUUUUUAAAAUUCUUAAAUGCUUCUUUAGAAACUAAAAAGAUUCACUAGUUAUGCAUGUAUGAGCUAGCUCUACGAGGGUGUUAUUUUUUACAUUUUUGACAAGCCAUGGAGUUAAAAAUGUUUUUUGGCCGUUCACUUUGACGCGUUUUGAACAUUUUGCAUAAAUUUCAAUAUUUAGUUACCAUAAUUAUGCUCAAUGCUAACUGACGUCAUAAUUUCGCAUAAUGACCGCAACUUUCAAGACAAAUAUCUCGAGAACGGAUAAAGAUUUUUCAAAAAAAUAAAAAGUUUCUAGAGAACUUUCAAUGAUCUUUCAUAUUUGCUCAACUUGAUUUUUCGCAUGAGGUAACCAUUAAACCCCCCUCGUAGUGUAGCUACUGUGUUUUCUUACACCAUACCAUAUUUGUUUCAUUAUUCCAGUCGCGGGUUGAUGUUCCAAUCUUAAAAAAUAAUUUACCAGAUUUAAAAAAAAUGUCGCAGAAUUGUGACAUGUGUAAAAAAUCAUGACAUGCAACUUUAACAAUUCUCGCUUGAUAUUUGAUUGAUAGUCUACUAAAUCUACUAAGUGGGAUGUUUCCUGCGGAGCGGAAUAUAUAAAGAGUCCAAUUGGGUGGCGGAAAUUUCCUUGAUUCCUAAGUAGAAAUCAAUUCUAGUCUUAAACGGCGAAAAUUUCCCUUAACCAAUCGAAAAGUUUAAUUUUAUUCAGUUCAAAAUAUUUCGUCUAAUAGAGAUUGUUUGUUUUUGAACUGAUAUGUAGCAACGAUAUAUAGGUACGAAAAACAUGUAGCAAUCCAACAGACGGAAUUAUUUGCAAGCUAGAUUAUUCUUUAACCCGAAUAAUAGAGUAAAUAUGGUAUGCAGUUACUUUUUUCAUUUGAAUUUAUUUUGCAUUAUUUAGUAAAUGUCCAACAUAUGUAUAAAAUUGUGUAGUAUUGUAAAUAAAACUUUGUAAAUAAAUGCAUGUGUUUUUUACAAAAACGUA